AUGAGCAGAAUCGGUGACUGCUGGCGGAGAACAGUUUGUGAUCUCCACUCAUCCGGCAUGCCUCCGGGAUCUGAAAUACUUUUCAGAAAAAUUUUAGAAGUGUAUAACAGUCUUUUAAACACUAUUCAUGAAGCGCGUACAGAGUUGGAAGUUGGGAUAUCCUGCAACAUACUGCUAUAUUAUCCACAAAUAAUCAUUUUGUCAUCGAUUAUGUUAAGGAAUCACGAAAUUCUACCGACGCUUUGUAUAAACCUCUCGAUCAUAGCCUGUGCGGUAUUACUGAUUUUCAUACCAGGAAUUUUCUCAGAGCUGAUACUUCAUGAAUACAAAAAUAUUGUUAAAAUUUUAACGAAGCAACUUAUAAGAUGUGAAGACGCCUCACUUCGUAUGGAGAUGCAACAUGCGUUGGAUUACAUCAUAAUGCGUCCGUAUAGAUUCAAUUUAUUUGGUGCGAUUCCCCUUAAACUCUCAUUACCUCUAACAAUAGCAAGUCUGAUGGCAAGUGACCUAGUUAUGGUCUUACAAUUUAACAAAGUUUUAAAAUAA